AUGGCUAGGCUCUGUGCUUCGCUCAUGAUCCUGACAGUGGUGAGCCACUGGUCAACCUGCUGCCUAGGAUGUGACCUGCCUCAGACUCAUAACCUCAGGAACAAGAAAGUCUUGACACUCCUGGCACAAAUGAGGAAACUCUCCCCUGUCUCCUGCCUAAAGGACAGAGAAGACUUUGGAUUCCCCCUGAAGAAGGUGGAUGCCCAGCAGAUGCAGAAGGCUCAAGCCAUCCCUGUCCUGCAUGAUCUGACUGAACAGGCCUUGAAACUCUUCACAUCAGAUGAGUCAGCUGCUGCUUGGGAGGAAACCCUCCUAGACUCUUUCUGUGAUGACCUCCACCAGCAGCUCAAUGACCUGCAAGCCUGUGUGAUGCAGCAGGUGGGGGUUCAGGAACCUCCCCUGACACAAGAAGACUCUCUGCUGGUUGUGAAGAAAUACUUCUCCAGGAUGACUGUGUACCUGAGAGAGAAGAAACACAGCCCCUGUGCCUGGGAGGUGGUCAGAGCAGAAGUUUGGAGAGCCCUGUCUUUCUCAGCCAAGUUGCUGGCAAGACUGAGUGAGGAGGAGGAGUGA